UUAACAAGUCCUGCGGCUCUAGCAUGGGCCUCAAAUAUCUAGUUUAGUGUGCAAGUGAAAUUAAUCCAACAAAAAAUACCAACUAAUACCAAGACUGCCAAAAAUUUCAAUUAAAAGCGCUGCAAAAUAUUGCUGAUCAACGAUAAAAGUGCAGCAAUUUGAAUUCUAUCUUAGUGCCAAUUAGCGUGCCGAUACAACACAAAAUGGCGCCACUACAAUUACAAUUACAACAACACCAGCAGCAGAACUCAACCUUUAUCGAUGAUAAUCUUGACACCUGUCCAUCGCUAUUGAAUUUACCUGAAAGUCCCAUACUGCCGCCCAAACAUCAACAUCAUAAGCAGCAGCAGCAGCAGCGCCAGUGCCAAAAUGAAGACAACAACAAUAACAACAAGCACAGCCAUUACAAUAAGCCAAGUGCUGCACUCAUGAAGCGUUUGGUAGAUGCACCCGGCCCCAGCCAAAAUAAGCGGGGCAGCAAGGCGAGCGGAAGUGGCCAACACACGUCCGCCGCCAGUCGACGCCAGCGCCAUCGCUCCAUUUCCCUAUACGGCGUUAAUAGCACUGUGGAGCAGGGACACAAGGAAAUACCGAUUUGGCUAGAUGAUAAUGAGCCACGUUAUGUAUCGGGCGUAACAAACAAAACCACAUGCAAUGACAUAAUCAAGGCGCUCAUUGAUGACGAGCUGAGCAAUAGCCAAGGUGAGCCAAAAGAUGGCGGCUUUGGCGCAACGGCAGCAUCGCGUGACUACAACGAUUACGUUAUAACGGAACGUUGGCGUGGUAUAGAGCGCAGCUACGACGGCAACAUGGCCAUUUUACCUGUUUGGCGCGCUUGGAGUCGUGUGCACAAUGAGCUUCGGCUUACACUGAAAGCACGUCGUGAUCUUCGAGAGCCCUUGCCCCUACAACUGGAACAUAAGCCGUCCACCAGCACCAAUAGUUUCUUUAUGCUCAAGUGGCUUAAGAAGCUUUUGCAUCUCGCACACAAGAAACAGAAAAGUAAUAAGAAGGCUGAAAGUACACAGGCCAAAACUAAAGAGAAAUGCCUGCUAAAAGCUAAGCAACCUAUGCCAGAUGAGCUGCUACUUAUAUUAUUACCUGAUCAGCAUUAUGAGAAACCAAUAGCAAAUGAGAAUGCGAAAACCAAUGCCAAAGCCAAGCUCUAUAAAUUAGCAGAAAAUCGUACAGCACAGCGUCGCCGUCGACGUUCUCGAUCCUCCUUUAAGCCAGACUUAGCUGCCAACAAUUGUGUUAGACGUCGCCGUAAGGACAUUCCACUGCGGAUGAGUGUGCGCAACAAGUUGGCUGCCUUACAUGCUGAGAUGAACGUUCACUACGAACGAGAAUAUAAUCUGACGCGGCAGCUUACUGAGAAAUGCAAACAAUACAAGCUGCAGAAUGAGCAAUAUAAAAGCCAGGAGAUGGAAAUGUCUGUUGGACAGCUGCAGCGCAAUAUCGAAUCGUAUGCAGACGAUAUUAUAAAAACAGAGCAUGAGUUGCUUGAGUUAAGAAAUGAAAUUAAACAUGACAUAUCUUUGAUAAAUAAUCUUAAGCGCAUGACAUUGGAGGCAGAAACCGAUGUUGUUAGCACUGGAAAACCGGUGGCUACAAAGAGUUCUGAGCAAACUCCCCAAGUUGCUAAAAGUGCAGCAGAAAUGCAAUUCGUUGAUAAUAUUUAUGAGUUUUGCGACAAUAAUGCAAGCAUGUUAGUUUAG